AUGGAUAACAGCAAUCAGCAACCCCAAGUUGAAUCUUCAGGGCAACCUCAACAUAACACUCACGGCCAACCCCAAGUUGACAGUCAAGAACAUCCACCAAGUUAUACAGAGUCUGUUAAAAAUUCAUCUCAAACUGGGUAUGACAAUUACCCACAAAGUUAUCCUCAAAUUCCAGCUACCUACCCAACACAGCAAGGAUAUGCAGCAACAGCGGACUAUGACCCAUCAAAAGCGGCAUAUCCAACACAAGGUUACCAGCCAGGCGGUGGUUACACCAACUACGGUCACCAACCGUAUUAUCCUCCACCUCCAGCUUCAAACAACAAUCAGGCAGUCAGUGUUGCACCGGAUACGCAAAAUCUAUUGGACGUACCAGGGAGGAAUUACACAUGUUCAGCUAUUUUCGCGAUUUUCAUGUUUAUGCCGACUGGAGUUUUGGCUCUCCUCAAAGCAAACGAAGCACAACAUCAGUACCGAAUGGGUAAUGUCGAAAGGGGUUAUGCAUUUAACAUGGAGGCCAGAAAAUUAAUCAGAAUAAGUUUUGGGGUUGGUGUGGUGCUUAUUAUAUUCUCAAUCGUCUUCAGAGUGUUGCUAGAUAAUUAUUUCUUCAAUUAUGACUAA